GGCCGCGCGUCCGACUGCCUGAACAGUAGCAGCGGUGCAGCCGGGGCUGGAGCCCGAACGCAGGAGCCGACGGGCCGGGCCGGGAUGCUGCAGCGGCGGCUCGGAGGCGCGCGCACGCACUGACCGGGCCCGCGCUGGGCCUCGCGCCCCCCGCGCCCCCCGCCGCCCCGGCCCCGGCCGGCAUGAUGUGCCUGGAAUGCGCCUCGGCGGCGGCGGGCGGCGCGGAGGAGGAGGAGGCGGACGCCGAGCGGCGGCGCCGGCGCCGGGGGGCGCAGCCAGGGGCCGGAGGUAGCUCUUGCUGCGGGGCGCGGGGUGCGGGGGCGGCUGGAGUCGUGUCCGCCGACGAAGAGGUGCAGACGUUGUCCGGCAGCGUGAGGCGGGUCCCGUCCGGACUCCCCAGCAUCCCCAGCACCCCGGGCUGCGCAGCCGCUGCCAAGGGCCCCGGCGCGCCGCAGCCCAAGCCCGCCAGCCUGGGCCGAGGGCGGGGGGCAGCCGCUGCCAUCCUGAGCUUGGGCAACGUGCUCAACUACCUGGACAGGUACACUGUGGCAGGUGUUCUUCUGGACAUCCAGCAGCACUUUGGGGUCAAGGACCGGGGUGCCGGCUUGCUGCAGUCAGUGUUCAUCUGCAGCUUCAUGGUGGCUGCCCCCAUCUUCGGCUACCUGGGCGAUCGCUUCAAUAGGAAAGUGAUCCUUAGCUGCGGCAUCUUCUUCUGGUCGGCCGUCACCUUCUCUAGCUCUUUCAUUCCUCAACAGUACUUCUGGCUGCUAGUCCUAUCCCGAGGGCUAGUAGGGAUCGGUGAAGCCAGCUACUCCACCAUAGCACCCACCAUCAUCGGUGACUUGUUUACCAAGAAUACACGCACGCUUAUGCUAUCAGUCUUCUAUUUUGCCAUCCCACUGGGAAGUGGCCUGGGCUACAUCACAGGUUCCAGCGUGAAGCAGGCAGCCGGAGACUGGCACUGGGCUCUGAGGGUAUCCCCCGUCCUGGGCAUGAUCACAGGAACACUCAUUCUCAUCUUGGUCCCAGCCACUAAGAGAGGCCAUGCUGAUCAACUCGGGGGCCAGCUCAAAGCACGGACCUCAUGGCUCCGAGACAUGAAGGCUCUGAUCCGAAACCGCAGUUACGUCUUCUCCUCCCUGGCCACAUCUGCUGUGUCCUUCGCCACAGGGGCCCUGGGCAUGUGGAUUCCCCUCUACCUGCACCGUGCUCAAGUUGUACAAAAGACAGCAGAGACUUGUAACAGCCCACCAUGUGGCGCCAAAGACAGCCUCAUCUUUGGGGCCAUCACCUGCUUUACUGGCUUCCUGGGCGUAGUCACAGGUGCGGGAGCCACUCGCUGGUGCCGUCUGCGGACUCAGCGCGCUGACCCACUAGUGUGUGCUGUGGGCAUGCUGGGAUCUGCCAUCUUCAUCUGCCUCAUCUUUGUGGCUGCCAAGACUAGCAUUGUGGGAGCUUAUAUCUGCAUUUUUGUUGGGGAGACACUGCUGUUUUCUAACUGGGCCAUCACUGCAGACAUCCUCAUGUACGUGGUCAUCCCCACGCGACGAGCCACUGCCGUGGCCUUGCAGAGCUUCACCUCCCAUCUGCUGGGGGACGCUGGCAGCCCCUACCUCAUUGGCUUUAUCUCAGACCUAAUCCGCCAGAGCACCAAGGACUCCCCGCUCUGGGAGUUCCUGAGCCUGGGCUAUGCCCUCAUGCUGUGCCCCUUUGUUGUGGUCCUGGGUGGCAUGUUCUUCCUUGCCACUGCUCUCUUCUUCCUCAGUGAUCGUGCCAAGGCUGAGCAGCAGGCUUUCCCACCUCCCCCUGGGGCUGACGAGGUCCCUGCCCAGCGCCUCCGGUCUACCGGCCCCAGUGAUGCCACGUGCCAGAGCCGUGCCUGGGCCCAGUACCCGCUGACGUGCCACCCUGACCCCCGCCCGUCUCUCCCUCAGGGUGAACCAGCUGGUGAUGCCGCCUGCAUCCGUGAAAGUCUGAGGUGGUGCCGCUGGGACAAUGAACUACAGUUCGGAUUGGGAGAGGUCCUCCAGCAUCCUGGACCUGUAGGACUGUCCCAAAGCUUCCUGUGCGACUCACAGCUGGGUACUCACCCUCUUUGGCCUAGGACUGAGUGGCCCUAUCUCCAAGAAGAAGCUGCACCCUCAGUUAACCCGGAGGGCUAUGUGUGCUGGAGCCACUUAGCUGGACACAAUUCCAGCCCUGGUUGGGGCCAAGAGAGAAGCCAGCCUACAGUGGGUAUUUGGGGAGAGCCUGGCCUGCCCUUCUCAAGCGAUCCUGAGGGAGCCCCUGUCCUCCCUGACAGUGGAGCCAAGGAGCUGGAGCUUCCUCCAUUGUGUGCCACACCAGGCACCCUCCACAGCUUUGAAGAAACAGGUCUUGGGCUGUACAGACAUAGCCCAGGUAUCAGGACCUCAGUUCCGGUUCUAAAGUCCCCCAAAUGCCCUGGUGUAUGGGACCACGUCCCAACUUUUAGGCUCUGACCUUGGGGACAACAAAUUUGGCCUGGUAUCCACCCCACUUUUAGCUGGGUGCCCACUGCUGGAUAGGACAGUCACCCUGGCCAGGACAGUCACCAAAGAGGAUACUCCCAGGUGGGACGACCCCUUUGGAGGCAGCAGCAGCACUGGAAGCGAAGGCCUUGGCAGCAGGCAGCUGCACCAGGGGCUGAGACCUUGAGAAUCUACUUCCUCACCCCAAGCCCUGCAGCCCCCCAGAAGCCCCCUUCUCCUAAAGGAUGACCACCAUAGCCCUUCCAAUGAGUAGUCAGAUCGCAGUUCCCAGCUGUCCAUACUGCUUCUUGACCUAGGGUAUUUAACUGCUGGAGACUGCUCGUACUCCAGUUGACUCAUGGGGCCAGGCUUUUACCCACACAUAUAUACCCUUCACUUGUCUGCAGCCACCUCAGCCACCUCUGGGCACUUACCCCCAGCUUCACACCCCCUGCACGUCGUGACCGAGCUGGCUCUGGUCCUGUGGUACCAUUGUAACCUACAGGAAACUUCUAGAACCAGCUUGGGCAACAGUCCCUGUGGCUGUCCCCCACUUGCUGACUGUGGCUUUAGUGGCAUAGUGGUACCAACCCCACAAGUUCUGGGGCACCCUAAGGGUUUGGAUGUGGGUGGGCAGAGGGUGCUAGCUCUAAAGACCAGCCUGGCUCCCUCCCUAAUCCCAGCAGGGGCCCCAGCGAUGUUUUCUUGUUGUACAAGAACCAGGUCCAAGUGUUGCCUCCUCUUCCUUCCGGAAGCUGAACUGCUCCUUUAUUUUUUAGAGCUGCUGAUUGUGAAUUUCAGAGUCUUAAGAGAGAAGCCAAAUAUAUAUUCCUCUUGUAAAUGAAGAAAUAAACCUAUUUAAAUGUU